AUGCAUAAAUGGUAUCACAUCAUAAAGUCUAUUGUGACAAAGUUAUUAAUUAUAUUUCUUUUCUUAUAUCUUUUCGAAGAUGCCUUAUUUUCCGGUAAGUGGAAAUUAACCUAUAUAAGCGAGGGAGUAGACGAAUUAGAGGUUAAAGAAUUCAAUAUAUUGAAAAGUUUCAAAUCUCCAAGAACUAUAGAUAACUUGCCCAAUCAAAUAGAUUUAUACGAACCAAGCAUGUUGAAAUCAUUUGGGAAUAUGACUAUCAAGAGUAUUAAGAUGAGGUGGAAUACAGGCGGGGUCAAUUACAGCUAUUUGAUCAGUGGGACGAACAAGCAAGGAGACGUGGAGUCUGUUUUAAUUGAUCCUGCUGAAGCUAAUGAAAUCAUUGAAGAAUUAAAUAACGAAGAACUUCAGAGUAUUCAAGUAAUCGCCAAUACACAUCAUCAUUACGAUCAUGCAGGUGGUAAUUUGGCUAUGAUUAAAUAUCUUAUUGGAUUAGAUUCUACUAGACAAUUGAAAUUGAUCGUUGGUAGUGAGACUAAAGAUAGUGCUAUUAGCAAAUAUUCCAAAAAUGUUAAAUUAGAAGUGGCAAAGGAUGGUGAUUCAAUUGCGAUUGCUGAUUCUAGUAUUGAUGUCAAAUUCAUUAGAACUCCAUGUCAUACCCAAGAUUCUGUAUGUUACCAUGUCUCCAAUAAAGAUACCAAGGAUACCGCAAUUUUCACUGGGGAUACUCUUUUCACUGGUGGCUGUGGUCGUUUCUUUGAAGGUACAGGUCAAGAAAUGGAUGCUGCUAUUAAUAAGAAAUUGACAAAUUUUGUUCCCAGAGACUCGUUGAAACACGUCAAAGUCUUUCCUGGACAUGAAUAUACUAAUAGUAAUAUUAAAUUUAUACGUAAGAGGAUAUACGAUAAACCAGGGAUGAAUGAUGCUCUAGAUAAAUUAGAAAGAUAUAUGGAAAUCAAUGAAUGUAGCACAGGUAUCUUUUCUUUAAAGGAUGAGAUGGAUUAUAACCCAUUCAUGCGUAUUGAUGACCCUAUAGUUCGUACUGCUGUAGGUGAUAAAGAUGCUAGUUGGACCAGAGCUCAAGUUAUGGAUAAACUACGUAUAAUGAAAAACUCUAUGUAA